AUGGAAAUUGUUUUUUCUAAAUCUCAGAGUACUCAAAUCAGAAAUAUAUUAUUGAAUCUUGAGGAAGAGGAUUUACUGAAAUCACCUGUAAUGACAGGAGUUAUACCUAAUCAAUCUGAUUUAAAAUCUGAUUUGCCACCAUCAUUCAGUUCAAAGUCUGCGUACGCUUGGGAAAAGAAAGAAACAUCAUUAUCUCAAUAA